AACAGAAUAACAUAAAAACAUGUUUCGCUUUCGCCACUAGCGCGGCGAACCGGCGUGCGUUUAAACGUGCCGGCCUGAUUUUAUCAGUCAGAUUAGUGUUUAUUUAUAUAAAUUCGGUGGAAAACAUUAAUAAAAUGGCUGUAGCUAUAAACAAAGGUGUGUACAUAGUUGCCGCUAAACGCACGCCGUUUGGCAGGAUGGGUGGCGCGCUGAAGUCCCUUCAUCCAUCUGACUUGCUGGCCGUGCCUGCCAAAGACGCCUUGAAGGCCGGCAAUGUCGCCCCCAGCGCGGUGGAUACUGUUAACAUUGGCAUUGUUAAUAUAUUAAGUGGGAGUUCUGACGGAGGCUUGGCACCUCGUCACGCUGCGCUUAAGUCCGGUAUCCCACAAGAGAAACCAGCGCUCGGAGUGAACAGACUAUGUGGCUCCGGUUUCCAGGCAGUCAUCAACAGUGCUCAGGAUAUAAUCACGGGAGCAGCCCAAAUCUCCCUAGCCGGUGGAACAGAAAACAUGUCGGCCGUUCCUUUCGUGGUCAGGAACACCAGAUUUGGAACUGCUUUGGGCGGUAAAAUAGAAUUCGAGGAUUCCUUAGUGAAAGGCUCCUUGGACACAUACUGCAACUUCACGAUGCCACAGACGGCGGAAAAUUUGGCAGAAAAAUACGGUCUCGUUAGAGGAGAGGUGGAUGAUUUUGCAUUACAGUCGCAAAAGAAGUGGAAGGCUGCUCAAGACAGCGGAGCGUUUCAGGCAGAAUUAUCCCCAGUCACAAUAAAGCUAAAGAAACAGGAUGUGGUCGUGGAUAAAGACGAGCAUCCUCGCCCAGAGACUAAUAUCGAAGGUUUGCACAAACUGCCCGUGCUGUUCAGAAAGGGAGGCGUGGUUACUGCUGGCAACUCCUCGGGUGUAAAUGACGGAGCAGGAGCACUGAUCCUGGCCAGCGAGGAGGCGAUAAAGCAACACAAUCUGACGCCGCUGGCUCGUCUUUUGGGCUGGUCGUUUGUCGGCGUGGAUCCGAGUGUCAUGGGAAUCGGACCAGUGCCGGCCAUUCAAGGGCUGCUCGCUGCGACGAAGUUGACAUUGAACGAUGUUGAUCUAGUUGAGAUAAAUGAAGCAUUCGCUGCUCAGACCUUGUCCUGCGCCAAAGAGCUGAAGCUAGACAUGAGCAAGUUGAACGUGAACGGCGGCGCCAUCGCCAUGGGCCACCCGCUCGCUGCGUCCGGCGCCAGGAUAACAGGACAUCUUACACAUGAACUGAGGCGACGAAAUCUGAAGAGAGGCAUUGGAUCAGCAUGUAUCGGUGGAGGACAAGGCAUCGCAGUGCUGCUAGAAAGAGUCUGAUUUUCUUUUAAUUAAUAUUAUAUUCUUGUUGAUAAAUUGUUAUUUUUUGAAUAAAGCUGUUGUGAAUA